UGGGUUGUCAUUUUAAAAAUGGCGACCGACAAAGGUUAUGUGUUUAUAUGUGUUAGCUUGAUCCUUGCGCUGCUUUCUACACCAGGUCGCUCUCGGCUUCAUCACCUGGAGCUGAAGGAUGAUGUCCGUCAGAGGGUUCACCUCAACACAUUUGGCUUUUAUAAACACGGCUACAUGCGUGUGAAGAUGAACAGCCUGAGUGUGAGUGGAGCUCCACGUGACAGCAUCGACAGCUCCACAAUCGGUUUCAGUUUGGAUCGCACAAGCAGUAACGGCUUCUCUACCUAUCUGGAUGAUGGCUUAGACUACUGCGUGCUGAAAAAGGUGCCCAGCAGUGAUUUUGCGGUGGUUCUCCUCCUGCUGGACUUCAAAAGCAACCUUGUGAGAAUGAAGACGUCUACAGAGGAAGGAAUGUUCCCUCAAAUCAUUUCUGUGGUGGAAGAACAGAAGUCAAGAGAGAAACCUCAGUCUUCUGCCGAGUCUAAAUCCAAGCGGGACGUGACUGAGAAUAAGGCUGAUGACUCGUAUCCCCUACAGAGCAAAGGCAAUAAGUACUCCUUUGAGUUUUACUUCAAAGUAACGACAGACGAGCAGCAAGGCCUCUACAACUUCUACUUCCACAACUGCUUCUCCGCUGCUGCCAACCAGGAUGCGUCUUUACCGAACACACUCACUUUCAGCAUCGACAUCAACAUAGAGGAGAAGAAUCCGGACAGCUUCCUGUCUGCUGGAGAGAUUCCUCUCCCCAAACUCUACAUCUGCAUGUCUGUGUUUUUCUUUCUCAUUGGGACACUGUGGGUCCAUGUUCUUCGCACGCGCAGAGCCGACGUGUACAAAAUCCACUGGCUUAUGGCAGCUCUUCCAUUCACCAAGUCUCUCUCGCUCAUUUUCCAUGCUAUUGAUUACUAUUACAUCUCCAACCAAGGCUUUCCUAUUGAAGGCUGGGCCGUGGUCUACUACAUUACACACCUGCUGAAGGGGGCACUGCUGUUUAUCACUAUAGCUUUGAUAGGGACUGGCUGGGCCUUCGUCAAACACAUCCUCUCAGACAAGGACAAAAAGAUCUUCAUGAUUGUCAUCCCCUUACAGGUCCUGGCAAACGUGGCGUACAUCAUCAUCGAGUCGACAGAGGAAGGCUCCAGUGAGUAUGGAUUAUGGAUGGAGAUCCUGUUCUUGGUGGACCUGCUGUGCUGUGGAGCGAUCCUCUUCCCCGUCGUCUGGUCUAUCAGGCAUUUACAAGAGGCAUCAGCAACUGAUGGGAAAGCUGCCAUCAAUCUAGCUCAGCUGAAGCUUUUCCGGCACUACUACGUGAUGAUCGUGUGCUAUAUUUAUUUCACCCGUAUCAUCGCCAUCCUCAUCAAGGUCAUCGUCCCCUUCCAGUGGAAAUGGCUCUAUCAGCUGCUGGAUGAACUGGCCACUCUGACCUUCUUUGUCCUGACGGGCCACAAGUUCCGUCCAGCUUCUUCCAAUCCCUACCUGCUGCUGUCUGUGGAGGAGGAGGAGGACAUGGAGAUGGAUGAUGUGGUAACUACAUCCACAGCCAUGGGGGAAGGCAUGAAAAAGGUGAAGAAGGUGUCAAAUGGAUCAUCUGAGGAGCGGGAGAGCAUGGCAUGAUGGGAAAUGUAGUCCUUCAGGGAUGUGCCUGGACUUCACGGCUAAUUAUGACAUUGUGGGCAUUCUAACAUUCACUUGUGGAGGACAUGGUGAAAAUUCCCACUGGAUGUGCUCAUGCUGGGACGUGGUGUAAUCUCUCUGUAAAUGUUCUACAGCCAGUAUAAAGACUCACUAACCUCCUGUUCUCAGUAGUUCUAAUGGAAAUGCUUGGUGCUGUGCUUUGUCUACAGUUGAUUCGGGUUGUGUUGCUUUUAUUUAUUUAUUAUUGGUUUUUUUUUAAUUUAAUUCUGUCUUCUUUUUUCUGGCACUUUAUCCAACACACUCUGAGCAAAUCGCAAGUUACUGUGUAGUGUCACUAUGCAGAUUCCUCGGUACUCCAGAGCCUUGUGUUUAUUUACAGGUCUUACAAAUUUGAUUUGAGUUACUUUUCACUGAAAGUGGAAAGCUAUUUCCUGUAUAAAUGUACAGAGCUGAGACAAUUGUACAGACAAGAUUUCCUAUCCUAAAGGAUGAACCCUGACUUUGUCAUGUUUUCAGUGGCAGGUUGUCAUUUUUAUUUGGGGAUUAAUAAUGUUAUAUGGAAGAAUUUAUGCGUUUCCUGGGUGGAUGUUGCAAAUAAAUGCACUGUAUCUUUCAAGAGUAUCGGUAAUUUUAAUAAUAUUUGAAAUCGCAAAUAUUAAGUCAUCAGUAACCGUUAUAAAAAUAUUUUGCUUAUUUUCAGAAACCUGUGAGCUAGAUAAAGUGAUGAUAUAUUCUCAGUAUUAAAUUGUGCAAUGGUUUGAUUUCUGUUGAAUUGUCUUUUUUUUUUUUUGGUCUGAAAUUGAAAGAUAAAUGGAUGAUGUUCCAAUCUGUGUGAGGGCGAGCAGAUAUCAGGGACAAAUGUCUAAUCAAUCAGUCGUCUCUAAAACACAGUGUAGUUGAAGAGCGUCAUUAUAUUCAUUUUCAUGUCACAUUGAAAAGAUUCUGGAUGACACAAAUGGAUGCUCUUCGUCAACCACAUGAGAUGGUUUAACACUUGUUAAUAAAAGCCUUUAUGUCCUGUGCUCAUGUUUAUAUGGAAUAUCACUGCUCAUUCUUACUGUAUAGAGAUCUUGCAGUCACGUGACCGGAAAGUACACAGCCGCCAUCUUGUCGGUAAAAAACACCGCUGAAUACUACUGCACUCGUGUACAGAAUGGAUCAAUUUCAACCGACGGACUACACGGCUCAUUUUUCUAAUGAACAGAUAACUAGAUAUAUGUCUAAAAUAAAUGAUCUACAGAUUAGUGACCCUUAUGGCUUACCGGACGGAGUUUUCACGACCGGAUUUUGAACUGCCAGCAGAAUACCCAGACGUGUAUAAUUACCUCAUUAACUUUCCCUCGCUGUUCAGUGGUGAAGCACUGCGUGCCUAUAAAUCUCUGGACAGUUAUCUUUACAGAAAUUCAGGAUUUGUCAGCGACUCAGAUGUGGCAUCUUGUAAACAAGAAUCCUCAUUGAAUGGGUAAGUCACUUAAGUAUUGAGUAUAGCACUGACCAGCCGAUUAUAGAAUAGAAUAAGGUAAUUCCAGCUGUAAUUCCAAAUCGUCCGUGUUGUUUACAUGGAUCUGGCGUUGGAGAGAGAGAGGCUUGGCAGUGGAGGCUUGAGUGGCUGUUUUCUGAGCUUAGUCAACAGGCCGCUCUGCCUGCAGCCUCGCUUUUGCUUCCGCUCCCGGCGCCGCCUCCUUCGCUUUGCUUCCGAUAACAAUCCACAGAGACCCCGCUGGUCUCGCUAUCUCGUCCGGAAUGUUGUGCAUGCGAUGGAAAUCGCUACAAACCGUCAUUUUCUGCUGGAAACCAAUGUCCAGUAAGUCCAUACAGUUGUAGUGGAUAUUGAAGUCCGGUACAGACGAACAACACGCAAAAAUACACACAAAAAACAUAAAAAUCGUGCACAGGUAGGGAGAGCUUGUAGCCGCAGCCGUUGUAGUAGAAUUGUAUAUAGUAGGGUUUUCCAGAAGAAAAGGUAGAAGUAAAAGCAGAAGUAGAAGGCGGAAAUAUGGCGUUUGACCGACAAGAUGGCGUCUGUCAAAAUCUGGAUCGGCUGUGACGUCACAUGCAAGUGCUCCAUUGAAGGUUUUAAAAGAAAAUAUCUAAUUUGGCUUCUUCAGCAUAAGGGCUGAUGCAUAAUUAAAGUCCACUUUUUCAAGACAUUUUGUUGAACAAAAUAUUGGCGUGUAUUUAAAAAUUACCAUUGGCUUUUAGCUGCUACAUUCCAAAUGCAACAAUAAUUACACGCCAGCUUUUCUCCUUGCUUGUGAUUACUACAGAUUUUACCACUGGAUGUUUUGUAAGGUCUGAUAUUCACAUCCUUCUCAAAUUUUCAGGGUAAUGGUUAAAAUCAG